AGCGAGCCAUUUCGGGUUUAAUCCUUCCUCCGCCGAUUUGCGCGCGCGUGGGUCUGAAUGGAGCCUUCUGCUCUCCUCGGGGUCGCGAUGUUCCGCUCGAGCCCUUGGUGCCUCCUCUGCGGGUGCGGAAGGCCGUUCAGCUCCCGCGCCUGGUAUCAGUUGCUGCAGAAGCAAAGAGGCUCACGGAAGCCAGUCACAGACAACUCCAGUGAAGUAAGCAUCUUGAGUCCCACAAGAUCACUCAGCCCCGAGGAAAUGUUGAACCUGCUGGAAGCAUCAGUAGUGCAUGCAGAUGGUUCACUGGUGGCCAUCAGCAAACCCCCUGGCUUACCUGUGACAGGCAAACCGGAGGAGCUGACUUUGCUGUCUCUUUUACCGGAUCUAAGCCAGAAGCUUGGCUUCCCACAGAACCUCGAUGUGAUAAAAGCUGCAGUAAAGGAGAGUUCUGGACUUGUUCUGCUCUCAGGUUGCCCGAGCACCACCCAGCGCCUGCAGGAUUUCUAUGCCCGAUGUAAGAGAGCAGGAGAUCCAGCCGCUACCUACUGUGCUGUCACUACCAGGAUCCCUGCAGCCUCAGAAGGGGAAAUUCGUACAUGUCUCAAACUGAUAAAGGUCGAAGACCAUAAGCUGGUGGUGCCAGUGGCUUCCCCUUCUCGAGGCAGCCUCCAGAGGAAGGAGGUUAGAAAAACACAGACACUCUAUAAGGUGCUGGACUCCCGCGAAGGCUGCGCCUUGGUGCAGCUACAGCCACUGACAGCUUUCACUAACCAACUCCUGGUCAGCCUGAUACUGCUGCUGAGCCCUGCGCUAGGGGACCACGUGUAUUCCUCCCGUGUGGGGUCUGUCCUGGGGGAGCCCUUCCUCUUGCCAGCUGAGAGUACCCUGCCUCGCACACAGGUCCUAGAAGAUGCUCUGCUGAAGAAGCUGUGCCUGCAGCAGCAACUGGCGCACCGAUUGCCUCUCCACCUGCACCUGCACCAGCUCCUCCUCCCGGCCGCCGGCUCCCCUUCCUCCCGCACUGUGCUCACGGCUCCUCCGCCACCUUUUUUCCUGAAGACCCUUUGUCUUCUGGGCCUCGCCUUGCCGCAGGACAAAAACAAGCAGUGACAAGGCAUCCGAAGCGUUUGCCUCAGCUCAGCAGGUACCGCCUGCCCCGGUCAAGUGGAAGUGAUGGCUUUUGACAGCCAGAAGCAGGUCUCUGCCAGGUUCUUGCUGCGGGAAGAAGCGUCUCGUCUCCUACUGGCCGGAUGCUCACAGAGCUGCUGCUGAAGGAUGUGAAAGGGAGAGGCUUCUUUUAUACCUCCUGCUGUCUUAACAGGGCAGCAAAAGCAAUUUUUGGAACUUUUGGUGCCAUGCAGCAAUGAAGGUAGCAGCGAGGGAAACCUGGGUUCUAGAGUUUAUGUUUGCCCUGAUAAAUGCAGCCUCCACAGGCUGUGAACCAGCAGGCCAAUUGCGUGCACAUGGUUGCGCCAUGGCAACGCGAGUCAGUGGCUGGCUUGAGGUCCAGGCCGGAAAAAGCUUAGGCACACCCAACUCCUACUGAAAUCGGCAGGAGUGCUGCACUCCCAUUACCUCUGAUGGGGUGCACGCGCUCCUCAUGCUGUGUGGUUUAUGCUCCUUGCAGCACUAAGCAGUUGCUUGCCAAUGGUUGCCUCUGGCACUCAAGAUAAUGGCACUCUUCUGGGGGGUAAAGCAGCGUAGGCUUCUCUCCUUUAAUCCGUAUAUCUAUGAAACACAAAUGACUAAUGAAAAAAAUGUGCUUUGGCUUUUCACUAUUGAUUUUCUACACACACACACACACAUAUAUAUAUGUACCUCGGUUUAAGAACAGCCCUGUUUACGAACUAUUCGGUUUACGUACUCCACAAAACUGGAAGUAGUGUCCUGGUUUGCGAACUUUACCUCGGUCUAACAACGGAAGCCGAACGGUGGAAGGGCACCGGCAGUGGGAGGCCUCAUUAGGGAAAGCGUGCCUCGCUUUAAGAACCAAUUUGGUUUAAGAACGGACUUCCGGAACGGAUUAAGUUCGUAAACCGAGGUACCACUGUAUAUAUAUAAAAUCAGAACCUUUAAGCAUAAAGAGCUGUUGCUGAAUGGGUUUCAGAUAAGGAUCCCUUUGCUUAUUCUGUGUCUUCUAUUGAACUGAGAGUAAUUUUUAAAACUGUCCAGGCCACCAUUCCAUAUGAAUAUUCUCAGGGUAACUUUUACGUGAAAAAAUAAAUAACUAAAUGGCAAUAAGAUGAAAACGCAGCUUCAGAAGUGGCAGCAAUAUAUAAAAUUCUGUUUUAACGAAAGCCUGGGGAAAAGACAAAGGCCUUCCCCAAGUGAUGAGCAGACUGAAGGGCAGGUGUCAUGGGAGCCUCCGUGGACAGAGGGUCCCAUAAGCCACUGCUGAAGAAGCCCCACCCACCCCCAGUCACCAGCUGGCACCAUCCAUGAUGCCAGGAUGUGGGGGCAUGAGUGUGCAAGGUUUUGUAGGACUCUGAAGUGGGAAAUAGUUGGAAUGCUGGUUUAAAAUGUUGUCUACUGCUGGCAGCCGGCUCCUCCUCCCGUCUUAUCUGAAGCGGCUUUGUGUAAUCUGAAAGCUUGUCCUCUUCUCUGCUGAUACGAAUUGAUCCGAUAAAGGUGUACCUUCCUUGUU